AUGUCAUUGUCUGAGGUUUUACUCAUCAUCACCCCUUUCACCCCGGCUGAGAGCUGGAUCCAGACCCUGAAGGGCAAGGUCCAAAACCUCACCGUGCACGUCUAUCCAACAGAGAUGUACGCCACGGAGAUCCCCAAGUCCGUUCCCGCAGAGGUCUGGGCCGAAGUUACCGCUCUGUAUACCUGGAAAGCUUUUCCUACCAGAGAGCUCGCCCCCAAGCUGGAUUACGUGCAGCUUCACAGCGCUGGCUGCAAUCAGAUUCUCGGUCUCCCUCUUUUUGAGGAGACCGACAUCUCCUUCAGCACCUCCAACGGCGUGCACCCUCCCCAGAUCGCCGAGUGGGUCUUCUCAUCCUUCCUGGGCUUCCAGCACCACUUUCUUGAGCAUCUCGAGAACCAAAGACAGAACAAGUGGGUUGACCCCGAGCACGACGAAGAUGUUGAGGACGCUGUUGGUCUCCGAGUUGGCAUCCUCGGAUACGGUGCCGUCGGGCGCCAGGUCGCCCGAGUAGCCAAGGCUUUCGGCAUGGAUGUGUUCGCAUACACUCUGCACGAACGAGCCACACCCGAGUCUUGCAAACACAAUGGCUUCACCGAACCCAAUCUCGGCGACCCUCAGGGCGAGUUCCCCAGCAAGUGGUAUCAUGGCAAGGCUCAGCUCAACGAAUUCCUCGGCGCCAAUCUCGACCUACUCGUUAUUACCCUUCCACAAACUCCCCAAACCAUCAACAUGAUUCGCAAGGAGCAGUUCCAGAUUCUGAGCAAGAGGAAGGCUUUCAUCUCCAACGUCGGUCGCGGCGCCAUUGUCAAUCACGAUGACCUGGUCGAUGCGCUUGACGCCGGUCUGGUCCGCGGUGCCGCCCUCGAUGUCACUGAGCCCGAGCCCUUGAACGAGGGCUCGAAGCUCUGGGGCUACAAGAACGUGGUUAUCACCCCCCACUGUGCAGGGAACUCUAACCACUUUAAUGAAAGAACUUUCAAGAUCCUCACUUAUAACAUCGAAAGACGCGCAAAUGGUCAAGAAGUUGUUAAUAAAGUUAGCAAGUCACUAGGUUACUAA